ACUUCACAUCAAUUGAGCUACCCCCACCUGAAGAAGAGGCAGAGGAAGCAAAACCACUCUUUUCUUCUCUUUCAUUUCAGUUGGGUUUUGUGUUUGGCUAGAAGGAAAAUCUCCGAGAAAAUGUGGCUGGUUUAUGUAUGCGAGGAGGAAGAAAGAGAGCUUGGGAGGCAGCAAGCGCCGGGAUCAUGCCCUCACUGCGGUGGGAAGGUGGAAGCCAUGGAUGUCGAGACUCAGUGGAAGUUCUGCUUUCUUCCCAUGUGCUUCAAGAUCAAAAGAAAGCUCUUCUGUACUCUCUGUUCUAGACGUCUCGUCUUGUCUUACUAGCUUAUUAUUUUGCUUCAAAUUAAACAAUAUUAUUGAUCAAAUCCCAAAUGGGUUUUCUUCUUUUCUUUUUCUUUUUUUCUUUUCUUUUUUUGGGGGGGAUCAUUUUUAUUGUUGAAUAUUGUCUGAUCUGGUCUGUAGAUCUGCUCUUUAAUUUCUGAUGUGGAUUUUGGUUCUUUUUAAAUAAUUCUUGUAUAGUAAAAUAGAUCAUGAGGAUGUUCUUUCAGGCAAAAUCAAAAGGGAUUUUAUCAGCCUUGUACAUACAAAUCAUGUGAUUGAAAGUUUGUUAAUUUCUUGUUAAAGUUUGGGUCUUUUGAUAAUUUGUAGUUAAUUCCUUGUUAAGAAAAAUUAAUCUUUUCUUUUCUU